AUCACAUACAGUUACAUCAGGAUGAUGACCCUCCCGAUGCUGUCGGCCGCCAUUGUCUUCCUCCUCACCCUCCGUUACCUUCUCAGUCUCUGGAGAAAAAAGAAGAGAUAUCAGUCCUUACCCCCCGGACCCUCUCCUCUGCUUCUUCUGGAAAAUCCUAAGUAUAUUGGUGUAAAUGCCAUCUGUAAGAGCAUCCCGGAGCUCCGCAGGAAGUACGGUCCGGUGUUCACUAUCUGGAAGUCCACGGAGCCGGUUGUCGUCCUCUGUGGUUAUGAGGCAGUGAAGGACGCCUUGUUGAAUCACAGCGAGGAAUUCAGCGACCGCCCCUUCUUUCCCAUCAUUGAUGCCUACUCUGGAGGAUACAGUUUUCCCAGCAACAAUGGAGAGAGAUGGCGGCAGCUGCGCAGGUUCAUGAUCUCCACCCUGAGGAAUUUAGGGAUGGGGAAGACGACCAUGGAGGGUCGAAUCCUUGCAGAAUCUGAGGUCCUCACCAAAGCUGUGAGCCUAACAGGAGGUAACCCAUUCCUUGCUGUGGAUGUGCUGGGCUGCGCAGUGGGGAACAUCACCAGCUCCGCUUUGCUGGGCGAACACUUCGACUACAAAGACCCAAAGUUACAGGAACUGAUCGUAACUAUGAGGAAAUUCCUCUCCAACACGCACUCCCCCCUACAUGAGUUUGGAAACCUUUUUCCAUUUGUCCUGAAAGUCCCAAUUUUAAAAGACAAAAUCUUCAAAGAAGCAAAUAUUCUGAUCUCAUUCGUCAAGAAAUACAUCAAGCAGCAUAAAAAGAGUCUAAAUCUGACCGCUCCCCGAGACUUCAUUGACUACUUCCUGAUCAGGAUCAAAGAGGAGGAAAAUGUCUCAGGUAGUAAUUUCACAGAGAAUAGUCUCGUAAUGACCCUCAUAGCUAUCCUGGCCGCGGGAACAGAUACAACGACCACCACACUGAAUUUCUGCUUAUUGGUAAUGAGUCAUUACCCCGAUGUGCAGGCUAAAGUCCAGCAGGAGAUUGAUGAGGUUACUGGGUCACAGCUCCCUCCUGGGAUCAUGGACCGGGCACAGAUGCCGUACACCAACGCUGUCAUCCAUGAGAUACAGAGGGUCCUGGACCUGGCACCAAUGGCUCACUACCAUGCCGUGACCAAAACUAUUCGAUUCCGAGGAUUCACCAUCCCCAAG